ACUCUGGGAUCCGCUCCUCCUGGGCGACUUUGAGGAGCUGGGAACGUCGGUUUUGGCUUGGGGGCGUGACCUGAGCCCGCCUCCCGGGGCUGGGAGUGGAAGAGGAUGGGGAUCGCUGAAUCCUGUUAUUAAUUUGUUGCUUGUUUGUCCGGGAAGGUUGUUUGGAGGAGAACACAGAAUUUGCAAAUAGUGGAGAAGGAGGGAAGCGAUUUCUUCUGUCCUGGCCAAGUAUGGGCAGUGAUGCCCGCUCGCUGCUUCCCAUCUAGGACAUGACACAAGUCGGACAUUGCAGCCAUGGGGUCUCAGCAUUCUGCCUCUGGUCACCUUCCCUCCUGCGAGCAAAAGAAAGAAGAUGACAGGGAAGAUUUCCUGGCUGAUCCUGAGCAGGAAGAAGCCAUCGCCCAGUUUCCGUACGUGGAGUUCACAGGAAGAGAUAGCAUCACCUGUCUCACCUGCCAAGGGACAGGCUACAUCCCAACAGAGCAAGUCAAUGAAUUGGUGGCUUUGAUCCCACACAGUGAUCAGAGAUUGCGCCCUCAGAGAACUAAACAGUAUGUUCUUCUGUCUGUCCUGCUGUGCCUCCUGGCAUCUGGUCUGGUGGUUUUCUUCCUGUUCCCACAUUCGGUCCUUGUGGAUGAUGACGGCAUCAAAGUGGUGAAAGUCACAUUUAAUAAACAGGACUCUCUCGUAAUCCUCGCCAUCACGGCCACCCUGAAAAUCAGGAACUCCAACUUCUACCCUGUGGCAGUGACCAGCCUGUCCAGCCAGGUCCAGUACAUGAACACAGUGGUUGGCACAUAUGUGACCACGAAUAUCUCCCUCAUUCCCCCUCGGAGUGAGCAGCAGGUGAAUUUUACUGCGAAGGCUGAGAUGGGAGGACCAUUUUCCUAUGUCUACUUCUUCUGCACAGUACCUGGUAUCCUGGUGCACAACAUAGUGAUCUUCAUGCGAACUUCGGUGAAGAUUUCAUACAUCGGCCUCAUGACCCAGAGCUCCUUGGAGACGCAUCACUAUGUGGAUUGUGGAGCAAAUUCCACAGCUGUGUAGCACCUGCUCUCAGCAUGGUUCUCCAUGGCAGCACCUGUAGAAGAGAGCCCAGCAUCUGUUCGCAGGGCCAGAGUUCACCACUGACCCCAGGUGGUUGAAGCAGAGGAGGAAUUGGCUCUGUUACCUCCCAACAAACACCUUUCUGCCACUUAGGGGAAGUCUGUCCAGCCCCAUGUGUGUUUCCCAGAGCCAGUAGAAUCACUGCCCAGUGCCUAGCCUGUGCCCAGCAAAUAGUUGGCACUUGAUAAAGGUUUGAAGAAUUUAAUUCAGGUCUCCUCAGCCUUUCUUGAGGCAUGAUAAAGUGGAGCUAUACCGUGGGUCUGAGUGGUCAAGCCAGAUAAGACAGCGCAGCUGCAGCUCAGUCAGUGCCUCAUGGGCAGAGAUGGCAACCGGGAGGGGCCCCUGCAGCACCCAAAA